AUGCUUUCAUUUGGUGCUCAAGCGUUGGGGCUUCCCCUAUUUCGUUUCUCAGAUGAUGGUACAGAUAUAUGCUUUCCCACUAGUCCUCUCUUUGCUGGGUUUGUUUUAGGUCCUUCUCUCAAGAUAGAUGCCUUGAUAAGCCAGAAAAACAAGUUGUUCCCUUACGGCAGUGAAGACUUGUUGAACCUAGUAUCAAUAUUGGGCAUGAAAACGAGAACUGGGAGGAAAGCUUGGGCAAUUGCUCUUUCCUCCUUGAUGAUUACAUCACUUGUUGGUCUGUCACUGUGCUACGGUUUCAUGGGGCACUGGCAAAAAUCACUCUCAUCAGCUCUUGUUAUGGAUGUGAUAGGCACAGUUGUGUCAGGGUUAGGCACUGCAGUUGUAAGCAGCCUUAGAACCGAUUCUCAUGAUCAUUCUGCGGGAAAGGGACCUCAACUUGCCAUGUACACUGUCACCAAAUACGUUCUUUUCGUGACAAUUGUGACUUCGAUAGGACGCCCCGCAAUGAGAUGGAUUGUGAGGAACACACCUGAAGGAAGACCUAUGAAGAAAGUAUACACCUAUGUGGUGGUCCUCAUGACCUUCUUCGCAGGGUUGUUUGGAGUGUGGGCUAACCAGACUGUGUUAGGUGGGGUGAUCCUCCUUGGUCUUGCUGUGCCAGAAAAGGUCCUCCACUGGGCUCUGAAUUGA